AUGAGAAGUGAGAAAGACUUAACCGCCGAACAAAAGGGAGCUAUUGUAUAUGGUUACCUUAAGAACAACUCGUACCGCACCAUUGCAGCUAAUGUAGGCUGUAGAAAGUCUGUUGUGGGUAAUGUUAUUCGUAAAUUUUGCGAAUCAGGAACUGUUAAAUCACAAGCUACUCUUGUUACUAGUGAAAAUCAUCAUCUAAACCUCGCCCAAAUCACCACUACUCUUGCUGCUAAAACAAAACGUAAUGUAUCGAGAAAGACUGUUCGCCAUGCGCUACUUAAAGAAUAUCUAUGGUCCCGUAUUGCAUGUCCCAAGUCACUCUUUCCACUGUUAAUGCUGAGAGGUGACUUGCCUGGUGUCUCGCACAUAAAACUGGACAGCUCGACAUUUCAUCGUGUUUUGUGGUCAGAUGAAUCAACAUUUUGCCUCUUUCAACAAUCAUCUUGUCAGGUCUGGCGUGAGCCACAUGAAGAAUGGGACAUUGAAUAUGUGAGUAGUACUGUCAAGCAUAGUCCUAGUCGGAUGCACUGGGUUUGUUUUUCUUGGUAUGGAACUGGCCCUCUCGUCGCGCUUAAUGGCUCUGCCACUGAUAAUGCAAGACCGCACAUCUCCAAUAUUAUUAACAAUUUCCUCAAAGAAAACAAAGUUCGAGUGUUGGGUUGGCCCGCUCAAAGCCCAGACCUAAACCCAAUCAAAAAUCUCUGGCAUAAGGUCAAAAACGCACUUCGACGCAAACCAAACCCAAGUAAUCUUGUUGACCUUGAACGUCUUGUUCAAGAAGCCUGGCGUGACAUAUCACCUGAGUUUUGCCGUCGAUUGGUAGAUAGUAUGCCGAAUUGCGUUAAUGCUUGUAUUAAAGCUGGGGGGGGUCCGACAAAGUAUUGA